CCUGUCUGGACUGGAAAGUCGGGUCGCCAUCCAGCACCUGGAUGCUUCUUUUGGGGAUAGUCCCACGUACCCGCCCCGAUCCUCGAGUCCCGUCGCUACCACCACCCUCCUCCAUUUUUGUUCACUAAAGAAGAACCGACCUUUUUGCGUCUGCGUGCGAGGGAAUGGGAGCAGAGGAGUGUAGUCAAUACAAGAAAGUGCUGUGGACAGAGGAAGAAGACAGGCUCCUGCUCGACCACAUCAGGGUCCACGGAACCGGUCGCUGGAACCGCAUUCCUAAGCUCACCGGCCUCCCCAGGCAUGGGAAGAGCUGCAGAUUGAGGUGGCUGAACUACCUGAGCCCCACCGUGAAGCGCGGGGAAUUCUCCGAGGAGGAAGAUGAGCUCAUCAUCAGGCUCCAUAAACUCCUGGGAAACAGGUGGUCACUGAUAGCAGGAAGGGUCCCCGGAAGGACGGACAACCAAGUGAAGAACCACUGGAACACCCGCCUGUGCAAGAAGCUCGGGACCGGAAGUUUCAAACGUCCGAGGAAAGAUCCCAAGCCCAAGUGUCGAGCUCGAGAAGAACAAGAAACUACCAAUCUCCCUCUUCCCAUCAACGAUUCAUCACUGAAUGCAGGUGAUUGCGAUCGGCUCCCUCACCAUCAGAGUACGAUUAGUACCACUAGCGCUAGCACGGCCGACGUCGGAGUCGAAGGAGAGGCCUUGACGAAGGAGAAAUUACUCACGGGAAGUGAGGGUAGUGAUGAUGGGGAGGAGUGGAUGAGGGAUCACUGCGUUGGGCUUGGAUCACCCAUGUUAUCUAGUGACAGAUACUUCGAUCCAAGUAACGUGGGGCUGGAGGACCUCGUUGUCGACAGUUGCUCUCUCGACCAGAUAUGGCAGCAUUUCCUCUCAAAUUAGCUAAUCAUUUUGGUUCGAGGUCAACAAUUGGGCUUAUGUACCGGGUCACCAUCGAUUGGAAAGUCUUACAUCUUCCUAAGACCAAUCUGUAGACAAGGUCAUCGAGAAAUAAAUGAGCGAUUGAGAUG